CCUUUACAUCUCCUCCUGUCUAUGCGUUUCAGCUGACCAGAGAGUUUUUCACCAAGGAGCUGAAGAAGCAUUACCUGAGGAACAACGACACCGACGUCUUCUCUUCCACCUGGAAUUCUGUUAUGAUCACAUUUGCCUGCUGUGGAGUGAACGGACCAGAAGAUUUCGAAGCUAUCCCUUAUCUUUCACACUCCUCUUUGGAAAAGGCGACACCGGAGGCUUGUUGCCAGCGAGAGCUCCAAAGCCGGGAAGGGAUGUUUGUCAACAAGGAAGCCUGCCUGGCGGGCGUCGAGAGGUUUCAGAACCGACAGGGCUGCUACACUGUGAUCCUCAACUCCUUCGAGACCUACGUGUACCUUGCAGGAGCCCUUGCCAUCGGAGUGUUGGCCAUUGAGCUGUUUGCCAUGAUCUUUGCCAUGUGUCUCUUUCGAGGGAUCCAGUAAGAGGUGGCUCGCGAACCACCACAUUCCCCACGUGCUCAG